CGCUAGUUAAACGGUGCGUCCUGAUGGCGUGUUGCCAACAGCCACAGUCUAGUUGGAUGUCUUGGCUUACUGGAGUGUCGUUCAAAAAGCUUGAAGAUUUUAGGGAUCUCAAGAAUGGGGACCACAUUGCAGUUGAUGGCAUGAGCUCUAUUGCAGGAGAUGCAGAAAUAAAGAAGUCCGAAUUAAUGGACUUCUUCAGUGGACGAAAUGUCCUUUAUCAGUUUAUAUACGAAAAGGGAAAAUGUUUCUCUCCAGAAGAGGUUAUCCACAGAGCUGAGCAGAUAUUGCUAACUGGAAAAUGGCCUGGCUACGAGUUGUUGAAGAACAACUGUGAGCAUUUUGCUACAUUUUGCAAGAAAGGAAAAGCAUACUCCAAUCAAGUCAAAGAAUGUGUAACUAAGGCUGUUACAACUAUUGGAGUAGGAGUGGGUUUGGUUGCUGCUGUGGGGGGUGUAGUUGCAUAUGCACUCGGCUCAAGUACAAGCAGUGACAACAAUGAUGAUGAUGAUGAUGAUGAUGAUUGAUGACCACAAUCAAUGAAAGAAUUAGUCUGUUUCUAAUCGGUUAGAGUUGGUGGUUUAUUCGACAACUGAGGACUUGAAUGUGAACAAUUAGUAUAUGUACUCCUUGUUCCAUGUUGUUUAGUGUUAGACCUGGCAAGACAACGUAUUGAGUUGACUGCA